UUUAUUGGAAGAACCGGCCGCUGGCUAUGGGAGUGGCAAGCGCCGGAAUGGCGGAUUCGGGGCUGGGAGAUGUGGAGUCUCUGCCCCGCGGGGGCUUUCGGUGUCGCCUCUGCCAUGUGACGGUGGCCAAUAAGCCCAGCCUGGAUGACCACCUUCAUGGGAAGAAACACCAGCGCUUGGAAAACCUCCGCACUGUCCGGCAGGCCCAAGAGCUUCGCAGUGUGUUUGUCAGUGGUUUUCGGAAGGGGACACCAGCCUCUGAGCUGAGUGAUUAUUUCCAGUCCUAUGGGGAGGUAGCCAAUGUGGUGAUGGACAAGGAUAAGGGAGUCUAUGCGAUUGUGGAGCUACAGAAUGAGACAGUGCUGGAGAAAGUAUUGGCAGAGCCCCAGCACAGCCUGGGGGGUCAGAAGCUCCGUGUCAAGCCUCGAGAGAAGAAGGACUUCAAAUACACGCCCCCCAGGAAGCAGGGGUCAGCCAAACAAGGACAGCUGAGCCCCGAGAAGCUUUCACAAAAGUUGUGCCAAGCUGACAAUGUGGAUGCCCAGAUGUCUUUGAUGGUGCAGCUCUUUGAGUUCUCCGAGAACGAACGACGCCUGCGGGACUUGCUGGUCACUCUCUUCCAGGAGGUGUUCCUGGAGUUUUUCCCUGGUUCUGCUGUUCUCCCCUUUGGUUCCUCGGUGAAUGGCUUUGAUGUCUCUGGCUGCGACCUGGAUUUGUUCCUGGACCUCGAGAAGACAAAAAACUUCCAGGCCUCUGCCAAGCGGCCUAGCGGGCCACAGGCUGAGGACGGAACCAGCGUGGAGCUGGACUCGUGCUCGGAGGACUCGAUCCUGAGCGAUAUUGACUUGGCUUCUGCCACAGUGCCUGAAGUGCUGGAGUUGGUUGCCACCGUGAUGCGGAAGUGCGUUCCGGGAGUCCACAAUGUCCAGGCCGUGCUGACUGCCCGUCGGCCAGUUGUCAAGUUUUGGCACAAGGAAUCGGGCCUGCGUGGUGACAUCUCCAUAAACAACAAGCUGGCCAUCUGCAACACGCGCUUCCUGCAGCUUUGCACGGAGAUGGACGAGCGAGUGCGGCCUUUGGUCUACGUAGUGCGCUAUUGGGCAAAGCAGCAGGCGCUGGCAGGGAACCCAUUUGGCGGAGGCCCCCUCCUCAAUAACUAUGCCCUGACUCUGUUGGUGCUUUUCUUCCUGCAGACGCGCACCCCACCCAUCCUGCCAACGGUCGCCCACUUGAAGGAACUCUCAGUGGAAGAGGAACACACUGUGGUGGAUGGCUGGGACUGCAGCUUCCCCAAGGAUUCUGCACGGCUGGAGCCCAGCGGGAACAAGGAAGAUCUUUGCUCUCUCCUGUCCGAGUUCUUCCGCGUCUUCGAGGACUAUGACUUCGCUGGCUGCGUCAUCUCACUGUGGGAGGGCCGUCCACUGCCUCUGCCCAGCUUCCCGUCCUCCUCUGAAGCGGACAGCAGGCUCAAGCUGGGGCCCUUCAACCUCCAGGACCCCUUUGAGCAGAGCCACAACGUCGCCGCCAACGUCAACGAGAAGACGGCGCUGCGGUUCCAGCGCUGCUGUUGCAACGCAGCCAAGUACUGCCGCAGCCUGCAGUACCAGCGCAAGUCUAGCAAGGGCAAGAUCUGGGGGCUCGUCCGCCUGUUUCAGCCAGGCGCCACCGAGGCUCCGGUUGCUGAGAGCCUUGUCAUUGGCCUUCCCCUAACAAUGGCGGUGCUGCCCGCCCAAGCCCAUGAGCUUCUGGGCCAGGCUGGGGACUUCCAUCUGCUUUGGUUCCAGAAGGUCUGUGCUAGCGUAGCCUUUGUCUUAAGGGACGUGCUCAAAUGUAGCUGUGUGGAGAUGGGGCAGGGGCUUGGGGAGGAGCAGGAUGUCGCUGAGGUGAAACAGGAAGAGGAGGAGUUAGAAGCAAAGACUCAGCAGCUGUCAGUAGGGUCCAAGCGUCCUCUAGACGAGGGAGGGAGCAUUGUCUCUUCGCCCGCUAAAAGGCUGCGGGUUGAUGAUUUGCUCCCUGGUGAGGAGAGCAUGACCUGGAACUGCGCCGCCUGGCACCGCAUGUGGCUGGGCCGCCGCCGCAUCCGGCGGCAGCUUCAAGGGCCGGAGCCCGAUCCCCAGCACCAAAAGGCCAGCUCCUUGGAGCUGGAAGCAAAAGUGUCCGAGGCCAUUUCCCAGCAGGAGCAGGAAGCAAGGCCCACAGACCCUCUCUUCCAGUUCAGAGUUUGUGCCCAGGCCAGCAGGGGUGGCACUUCCCGCGAGCAAGACACACGCAUCAGCCUGAGAUUCUCGACAGACCCUGAGCAAGCGUCCGUCUUCCAGGAAUUCUUCCACUUCCUGCAAGGUUUUUUGCCCCGAAUGGUGGAGCAGCACCUGGUUAGCAAGGCCUGAGUCCCCCGAGAGAGGGCAUCAAGCUAUGUAUUCGUGAACAGUUACAGAUUUGUUUGUAUUUAUUUUUGCAUAUUUUUCUUACUGCCAAUGCGAAUAUGAAAACAUGGCCAAACCCUUUUCCA